CCAACCUUCGUUAAAAUAAUCACAGGUUUCACAUUUUACGAGAACUGCCAGUAGACCCAUCUAUGAUUUGGAGCUUCCCUUUCUGUAUUUCUGGUUGUCUUAAUAGUGUCCUAAUUUUUUUUUCCGAAAGAUUUAUUUAAAACUUGACGAAAAGGGUGAACAUGAGAAAAUCAAUGGAAGGCAUUUCAUUGUUACUUCUUGUAUAUUUAUUUGUUUUCUCCAUCUUAAGGACUGCUAAUGCAGUAGAUACACUGUCUCCAAGUCAAUCCAUUAGAGAUGGUGAAACUCUGGUUUCAGCGGAUGGGAGCUUCGAACUUGGAUUCUUCAGCCCCACAGUAAGUUCCACAAGUCGAUUUUUAGGAAUAUGGUACAAGAAAGUAUCUAAUGGAACGGUUGUAUGGGUGGCAAAUAGAGAAACUCCAAUUUCUGAUAAUAAAGGAGCCUUACUUUUCUCCAACCAUGGAAUUCUUUCGCUUCUGAAUAGCACAAAUAGCACUGUUUGGUCAUCUAAUAUAUCAAAAGCUGCACAAGAACCCGUUGCUCAUCUUCUCAACUCAGGAAAUAUGGUAGUAAAAGAUGGAAAAGACAACAACCCAGCUGAAGACAAUCUAUGGCAGAGUUUUGAUUAUCCUUGUGAUACUCUUCUUCCAGGAAUGAAAAUAGGGAAGAACUUAGUGACAGGUUUUGAGAGGUUUCUGUCAUCCUGGAAAAGUACAGAUGAUCCUACUCCAGGCCAGUACUUUAUACGUAUAAAAAUCAGUGGAUAUCCACAACUAGUAAUUGAGAAAGGAUCUAAAAUAGAGUACAGAGCAGGAUCAUGGAAUGGUCUUCGCUUUACAGCGAUGAGACCAAAUAUAAUAUCUUUCAAACAUGAAUUUGAGUUGAAUGAGAAUGAAGUCUAUUAUGCUACGGAGCUCAAAAACAGUUCAGUAGUUACUAGGAUCAUGCUAAACCCAUCAGGCUUUGCUCAGAUCCUUUUAUGGAGUGAUAAACAACGUGAUUGGGAGUCUUUAUCAACGUCAUAUCUUGAUCAGUGUGAGAACUAUGCCCUUUGUGGAACAUAUGCCACCUGCAAUGGAAAUGACUCUCCAGAUGUUGUGUUCAUGCUUGGAAGGAUUCACGCCCAAAUUAGUAGAAAGUGGAAUUCAAGAGUUUGGUAUGAUGGGUGUGUUAGAAGAACUCCAUUGGUUUUGAACAAUGGAGAUAGCUUUCACAAGCGCACGGGUUUGAAAUUGCCAGACACGUCUCAUUCCAAGGUUAACAUGACCAUGAACAUCGAAGAAUGUAGGCAGUUAUGUUUGAGUGAUUGCUCUUGCACUGCAUAUUCAAACAGAUAUCAGAGAGGGGGAAGCGGAUGCCUGCUCUGGUUUGGUGAUCUGUUGGACAUGAGAGAUGAUGGCCAGGAUGGGCAAGACCUUUAUAUUCGACUUGCUGCUUCUGAAAUAGAUAAUAUCAUACACAAGAGGGAAUCAUGGGAGAAAAAGAGAGUAGCAAUUGUAGUCGGCUCUGUCAUAAUAGGAAUGGGAAUGCUGAUACUACCCGUCUUGUGUAUUCUGUGGAGGAAACGUAAUAAGAAAGGAUUGACAAUAAAGAAUCGCGCAUUGGAUUGUGAUGAAAGGGAGAACGAAGAGAUGGAAUUGCCAUUAUUUAAUUUUGGGACCAUAGCAAAUGCCACAAAUAACUUUUCUAUUGAGAACUUGCUGGGAAGAGGUGGAUUUGGAUCUGUUUACAAGGGUACAUUGGCAGAGGGGCAGCACAUAGCAGUAAAGAGACUGUCAAAGGAUUCUGGACAAGGGCUGAAAGAAUUCAAAAAUGAAGUUAUUUUGAUUGCCAAACUUCAGCACCGCAAUCUUGUAAAGCUUCUCGGCUGUUGCAUUCAAGGAGAUGAAAAAUUGUUAAUCUAUGAAUACAUGGCCAACAGUUUGGACUACUUUAUUUUCGAUCAAACAAGAAGCAAACUACUAGACUGGAGUAAGCGAGUGAAUAUUGUUGGUGGAAUUGCUCGAGGACUUCUUUAUCUUCAUCAAGACUCUAGGCUUAGAAUAAUCCACAGAGAUCUCAAGUCUAGCAACAUUUUACUGGAUAAUGAAAUGAAUCCAAAAAUUUCAGAUUUUGGCUUAGCUAAAACAUUUUGGGGAGAGCAAACUGAGGCCAACACAAAUAAAGUGGUCGGAACAUAUGGUUAUAUGUCGCCUGAAUAUGCCAUUGAUGUUUUCUCAAUGAAAUCUGAUGUCUUUAGCUUUGGGGCUGUCCUUGAGAUAGUAAGUGGAAAGAAGAACAGGGGAUUUUCCCACCCAGAUCAUGAUCACAAUCUUCUCGGACAUGCAUGGAGAUUAUGGACAGAAAGGAGGCCAAUGGAACUGAUUGGUGAUGCCCUUGGGGACAUUCGCUUGCCAUCUGAAGUGCAGCGAUGCAUUCAUGUGGGAUUAUUGUGCGUGCAGCAACGACCAGAAGAUAGACCAAACAUGUCUUCUGUAAUUUUAAUGCUAGGCAGUGAAAGUGCAUUGCCUCAACCAAAGCAGCCAGGGUUUUUCACAAGGAGGAAUAUGCCUGAAGCUGAGUCUUCAACAAGCAACUGUAAAUCAUCUUCUGCAAAUGAGUGCACCGUUACCCUGUUAGAGCCACGGUAGUUGGAUUUGUCACUUGACAAAUGGAGGUAGGGGCAGCUUGGCUUUUCGUUAAGACCUGAUCAGGAAGAAAACAAGAAUGGAUGAGGUGGUACUCCAUUUUCACAGUGAUGAGC